AUGUCGAGUUCAGCAGAAAAAGUUUUGCUUCCGGAGAGCGAGAGGGUAGAGACAUUGGUCGCUAAUCUGAGCGGGAUCAAGGCGCGUGUGGAGGCCGCCAGCAAGCAGUAUGCGUCUGGGAGUACGCCGCGGCUGGUAGCGGUGUCGAAGCUAAAGCCGGCGAGCGACAUUCUUGCGCUUUACGAGUCGGUUUCGCAGAGACAUUUUGGGGAGAACUACGUGCAGGAGCUGGUGGAGAAGGCGGGCAAGUUGCCGGCAGAUGUGCAGUGGCAUUUCAUUGGCAGUUUGCAGACAAACAAGUGCGCGACGCUGGCGGCGAUUUCGAAUCUGUACGCGGUGGAGACGGUGGAUGCGGUCAAGAAGGCGAAGAAGCUGAACGAUGCGCGGGCGGAGACGAUGCCGGUGCUGAAUGUGUUUAUCCAGGUCAACACGAGUGGAGAGGAGAGCAAGAGCGGGAUGGCGCCGGGGGAGGAAGUGGUGGAGACGGCAAAGUACAUUGUGGAAAGCUGUCCGCGGUUGAAGCUCAAGGGUCUGAUGACGAUCGGGUCGAUUGCGCGGUCAAAUGCGAGCGGGGAGGAAGAGAACGCGGACUUUAAGACUCUUGUGGAGCAGAAGAAGAAGGUGGAGGAGCAAGUUGCUGGCGCGGGCGAGUUGGAGCUGAGUAUGGGCAUGUCGGAGGACUUUGCGGAAGCGAUUCGACAGGGAUCUACGAAUGUGCGGAUUGGCAGUGUUAUCUUUGGAGCGCGACCGCCGAGGAAUUAG